GGCAACUCCUAAACGACCGCGAAUUCGCUGCAACUAUCUAACGAAAACAUCGAAAUCUCAUUCCUUUCCGUCUCUCCUUUCUCUUUGUGGAAAGAAAAGCAAGACGAAAUCAAUCAGAUAUCGAAGGAUACAGAGCAUAAAUGGGAAGUACAGAGCGUAAAGAGCGAGCUAAGCAAAGGAGAGAAAGCAGACUACAGGAGAUUUCCCUUCUCAGAACCAUUCCUUAUUCAGAUCAUCAAAGGUGGUGGUCAUCAGAAACUAUAGCUGUGGUGACUGGUUCUAACAGAGGAAUUGGAUUUGAGAUUGCAAGACAACUUGCUGCACAUGGAUUGACAGUUGUAAUCACAUCAAGAGAAAGCAGCGCUGGUGUUGAAGCUGCUAAGGUCUUACAAGAAGGUGGUCUGAAUGUGGUCUGCCAUCAACUUGACAUAUUAGAUCCUUCAUCAAUUGAACAGUUUUGUGAAUGGUUGCAACAAAAUUAUGGUGGUUUAGAUAUUUUGGUCAAUAAUGCAGGUGUCAAUUACAAUCUUGGAUCUGACAAUUCUGUCGAAUUUGCCCAGAAAGUUGUUGCAACCAACUACUAUGGCACCAAAAAUGUGACCAAAGCUAUGAUCCCACUGAUGAGACCUUCUGCUGCUGGCAGUCGUAUUGUUAGUGUGAGCUCAAGGCUGGGAAGAUUACAUGGAAGAAGAAAUAGACUUGAAGACAAGACUUUGAGAGAACAACUAGGCGACUUGGACACACUCUCAGAGGAACUCAUUGAUAGAACUGUAUCUACAUUCUUACAGCAAGUAGAAGAGGGCAGUUGGACAUCAGGAGGGUGGCCUCAGGUGUUCACCGACUACUCGUUAUCAAAGCUUGCAGUUAAUGCUUUCACCCGACUAAUGGCUAAGACUCUCUCUGAUCGUCCUGAAGAUCAGAAGAUUUACAUAAACUGCUAUUGCCCAGGUUGGGUGAAGACUGCCAUGACGGGUUGGUCUGGCAAUAUUUCGGCCGAGGAUGGUGCUGACACUGGAGUGUGGCUUUCCCUGCUUCCAGACCUGGCAGUUUCAGGGAAAUUUUUUGCAGAGCGACGCGAGGUAGGCUUUUGACACGGCUAGGAGGGGUUUGAGAUCAAUGCUGAUUCUCUUUGUCCUGGUACUGAUCCACCACUGCUCAAGCAAAGUAGAAGCUGGCAUCCCAUAUUCCCAUUCCCUGCCUUAUCUUAAGAAAGAUAUUUCCUGAUGGAUUUUACUGACUAAUGAGCUCACCAAGGGUCACUGCUGGGGUGGGAAAUAAGCGGAAGAGCCUCGUUUGUUGUUCUCCAGAAGGGUGUGUCGUCUGGUAAAUGGGCCAUAAAAAGAGUUGAAGUUUAUAUAAUAGAGAAUAUGUUCAUUUCUUUAAACAAGCACCUGCAUCGCUGGGGUUUUGAGGCUGGAUCGGAUAGACACGGUGGGUUGUUUUUCAUGGCUCUCACUCUUUAUGUAAAACAGCAGUGAACUUAGAGUUGUCUGUUUAUAAUUUUCAAGACUUGGUGUAGCUGCUAGUCACCUUUUGUUCUUCUUUUUGGUUGGAAGUUAUAACUUAAUAGGCUA